UUGGGAAAUUUCUCUUUGAACACAGCUUAAUUUGCCCGCCACUAUUUUACAGAACACCAUAAAUCCCCAAUUUCACAAAAACCCUACCAACUCUCCUGAAGAAUUCACGUAAAACCCCCCGUAGCCAUCACCCAAUCGUUCAAAAAUCCCUGGUUACUCUACUUCUCUCAAUGCUAAUCUCAGAACCCUAGAGAUCGAAUGCAAUUUGGACUAUUAUCGAUAUAGUUCCGUGUUAUUCUAGAUUUGUUUAUUAUCAAUCUUUCAGUAUCGUGUAGCAUUCUCCGAGGAAGACGAAGAUGUCUUGGGAAAACGAGAUUGUAAUGCGAGAUAUCACCAAAGCAAGUCUUGUAGUGAGCGACCGUAUCGGUAGAGAUGUUUCGGCUCAGCUUGACCUAGAAGAAGCCCUAGAAGCGUCGAGAUAUACAAGUCAUCCUUACUCUACUCACCCCAGAGAGUGGCCUCCUUUAGUUGAAGUGGUAGAUAGCAGGGAGUUGCCACCAGUACUCAUAGAAAGAUACAAUGCAGCUGGAGGUGAAGGCACUGCUUUAUGUGGAAUCUUUCCUGAGAUUCGUAGAGCAUGGGCAUCCGUAGAUAAUUCAUUAUUUCUUUGGCGUUUUGAUAAAUGGGAUAGCCAAUGUCCCGAAUACAGUGGUGAAGAACAAGCCAUCUGUGCUGUUGGUUUAGUGAAAGCAAAAACUGGGGUUUUUGUUGAAGCUAUUCAAUAUCUUCUAGUCUUGGCAACUCCUGUUGAGUUGCUUCUCAUUGGAGUAUGUUGCUCUGGAAAUGGUGAUGGCACAGAUCCUUAUGCUGAGGUGUCAUUACAGCCUUUACCUGAUCACACAAUUCCAUCUGAUGGAGUCACCAUGACAUCUAUUGCUUGUACAAAUAAAGGUCAUAUUUUCUUAGCUGGACGUGAUGGACAUAUAUAUGAGAUGCAUUAUACCUCUGGUUCAAAUUGGCACAAACAAUGCAGGAAAGUUUGUUUGACUUCAGGCCUUGGUAGUGUUGUUUCAAGGUGGGUGGUACCAAAUGUAUUCAAAUUUGGUGCUGUGGACCCCAUUGUUGAAAUGGCUGUUGACAAUGAGAGACACAUUUUGUAUGCCCGAACUGAAGAAAUGAAGAUUCAAGUUUUUUCAUUAGGUGAAAAUGGUGAAGGACCACUUAAAAAGGUGACAGAAGAAAAAAAUCUGAUCAAUCAAAGGGAUCUACAUAACACUACUAGACAGGUGGCAGGAUCUCGGGGUGCCACACGUUCAACAAAAGCUUCUAUAGUUUCUAUAUCCCCUUUAUCAACAGUAGAGUCAAAAUGGCUACAUCUUGUUGCAAUAUUAUCAGAUGGUAGACGAAUGUAUCUUUCCACUACUAAAAACAGUGGGAGUGUUGGAGGAGCAUUUAGUAGUAAUCUUCAAAAACCAAGUUGCUUAAAAGUUGUCACAACAAGACCUGCCCCUCCUCUAGGGUCAUUUGGGUCAUUUUCCAGAGCUCAAAAUGAAGAUCUUUCUUUAAAGAUAGAAUCAGCACAUUACUCAUCUGCAACACUUGUACUUUCUGAUUCAUCUCCUUCAACCACUUCCUCACUUUUAAUAGUGAAUCGCGAUUCCACCACCCACUCUUCUUCUAAUUUAGGGACAGGUGUCAGAAGCUCAAGGGCAUUACGGGAAUGUGUCUCUUCUUUACCAAUUGAAGGCCGGAUGUUAGCUGUAGCAGAGGUGUUACCCUUACCUGAAACAGCCGCCACUGUCCAGUCACUCUACUCACAGUUAGAGUUUUCCGGAUAUGACAAUUCCGGCGAGUCGCCAGAAAAGUUGGCCGGAAAACUUUGGGCGAGAGGCGACCUGCCAACUCAGCAUAUACUCCCGAGGAGACGAAUCAUUGUUUUUAGUACAAUGGGAAUGAUGGAAGUUGUUUUUAAUCGUCCGGUUGAUAUUUUAAGAAAAUUGUUGGAGUCCAACACACCAAGGGCAAUAUUGGAAGAUUUUUUUAACCGAUUUGGAGCUGGUGAAGCUGCUGCUAUGUGUUUAAUGUUGGCUUCAAGGGUAGUUCAUACGGAAAGUUUUAUAAACAAUGUUGUGGCUGAAAAGGCAGCUGAGGCUUUUGAGGAUCCACGAGUUGUUGGGGUGCCUCAACUUGAAGGUAGUGGUGUGGCAUUGGGAAAUACCAGAACUGCCCUUGGUGGGUUUAGUAUGGGACAAGUUGUACAAGAAGCUGAACCGGUGUUUUCAGGGGCUCAUGAAGGGGUUUGUUUGUGUGCUUCAAGGCUACUUUUGCCUGUGUGGGAGCUUCCUGUUAUGGUUUCUGAUGGAAGUAAAGAUGGGAUUGUUGGGUGUAGGCUUUCUGUUGAUGCAAUGGGAGUUUUAGAAGAUAAACUUAGAAGUGUUGAGAAGUUUUUAAGGUCUAGAAGGAAUCAAAGGAGGGGGAUUUAUGGGAGUGUUGGUGGUUUGGGUGAUUUGACUGGUUCGAUUUUGAUUGGGACAGGUGGCGAUUUGGUAAGUGGUAAUAUGGGUUUGGCAAGGAAUUUUUUUAAUCCUUAUUCUAGGAAUUUGGAGGCUAGUGAAAUUGGGACAUCUAGUAAAAGGCAGAGACUUCCUUACAGCCCUACAGAACUAGCUUCCAUGGAGGUAAGGGCAAUGGAGUGUGUAAGACAAUUGCUCCUAAGAUGUGGUGAAGCUCUAUUUCUCCUCCAACUUCUUUCGCGACACCAUGUCACUCGGUUGCUUCAAGGCUUUGACCAUAAAACAAAGCAGACGUUGACUCAGUUGACUUUCCACCAGUUAGCCUGUUCUGAAGAAGGUGACAAACUUGCAACAAGACUUGUAUCUUCUCUAAUGGAGUAUUACACCGGGCCAGAUGGUAGGGGAACAGUUGAUGACAUCAGCGGAAGGUUACGUGAAGGAUGUCCAAGUUUUUACAAAGAAUCUGAUUACAAAUUCUAUUUAGCUGUUGAAUGUCUUGAAAAAGCUGCUAAUGCUUCUAACAAUGAAGAAAGGGAAACACUUGCAAGAGAUGCUUUCAGUAAAUUAAGUGGUGUUCCUGAAUCUGCAGAUCUUCAAACUGUCUGCAAACGCUUUGAGGACUUGAGAUUUUAUGAAGCAGUGGUUCGAUUGCCACUUCAAAAGGCAGAGGCUUUGGACCCUAAUGGGGAUGCCCUUAAUGAGCAAAUAGAUGAUGGAAUUAGAGCACAUGCACUUGCUCAAAGAGAAAGGUGUUAUGAGGUUAUUGCUAGUGCUUUAAGAUCACUAAAAGGUGAAAUUUCACAAAGGGAAUUCGGGUCACCCAUCAGACCAUCUGCCCAUUCCCUUGCCCCAGCUGCCCGGAAGAAAUUCAUAUGUCAAAUCAUUCAACUCGGUGUCCAAUCAUCUGACAGAAUCUUUCAUCAAUAUUUAUACAAAACAUUGAUUGAUUUGGGGCUUGAAGAUGAACUUUUGGAGUUUGGUGGAUCCGAUUUGGUUCCUUUUUUACAGAAUGCUGCCCGUGAACCUACACAACAGGUCCGGGGUGUUUCUGGAGCACAAAUUUCCUCUCAUCAAACAAAAUAUUCUGAGCUUUUAGCAAGAUAUUACGUGUUAAAAAGACAACAUAUUUUAGCAGCUCAUGUUCUACUUCGGUUAGCAGAAAGACGUUCUACUGGUCUAGAAAAUCACCCCACACUUGACCAAAGGCGACAAUACUUGAGCAAUGCGGUGAUUCAGGCAAAAAGUGCAAGUGGGAAUGACAGCCUCACAAAUUCAUCAAGAGACAGCGGGCUAUUAGAUUUACUUGAAGGAAAACUAACAGUUCUUCAAUUCCAAAUUAAAAUCAAAGAGGAAUUGGAAGGAAUUGUCUCAAGAAUUGAAGCUUCUCCUAGCACAUCAAACACAAACAAUUCAAAUCUCAACUCUGUUAAAGAAAAAGUCAAGGAGUUAUCUCUUGAUUUAAAAAGCAUCACCCAGUUAUAUAACGAAUACGCCGUUCCUUUUGAACUUUGGGAGAUAUGUUUGGAAAUGCUAUAUUUUGCAAGCUAUUCAGGUGACACAGAUAGCAACAUAGUACGUGACACAUGGGCAAGACUAAUGGAUCAAGCACUUUCCAAGGGCGGAAUUGCUGAAGCAUGUUCUGUUCUCAAAAGAAUCGGGUCCCACAUUUACCCUGGAGACAGUGCUGUUCUUCCUUUAGACACAUUAUGUCUACACCUUGAGAAAGCUGCAUUGGAGCGAGUGGUUACGGGGGUGGAAGGUGUUGGAGAUGAGGAUGUGGCAAGGGCACUUAUGGCAGCUUGCAAAGGGGCAGUGGAACCUGUGUUGAAUACUUAUGAUCAGUUGUUAUCAAGUGGUGUUAUUUUAUUGUCACCCACUUUAAAAUUAAGGCUUUUGAGGUCGGUGUUGGUGGUGGUCCGGGAAUGGGCGGUGUCCGUUUCUGCAACCGGAACAGGGGCGGCUUCCAUUGGUGGUUCACUUCUUCGCGGGACCUUUUCUAUGGAUCAGAGAACUGCUAUUCAUCAUGGGAUUCGUGAUAAGAUUGCAAGUGCUGCAAAUCGGUAUGUGACGGAAGUACGGAGGUUGAAUCUACCACAGAGCCAAAUAGAGACGGUAUACAGAGGUUUCAAAGAGCUUGAAGAAUCCCUUUUAGCUUCUUUUUCUUUUGAGCGAUUUUAAAAUUUUAAAAUCUUAGAUUAUAGUUAUUCUUAUUGUAUUUGUCAUGUUCUACGAUUAUAUCAUCCAAAAAGUAAGGAUUUUUUGGAUUUUGCCUCUGUUUUCAUAUAUGCUUGUGUUGUUUUGUUCAUGGUGUUGAGAAAAUAAUGAAUUUGUGGGGAUAUUGUUGAAAAAUUAGGAAUGUGAU